AUCUCAAGUUCUGAAAAAAAUGCAAUCAAUUAAAGACAAAUUAGGAUUCCCAGAAGAAAUUUUACAAGGCAGUUUUCUAGAUUUUUACUACCGACAUUUUGAUAUGGGAAAUUUUUUUUUUGAAAACAUGGUGAAAUCUUUAACAGAAAAUUACAAAGUUAUUCUGUUAAAACUUACAAACCCACCUAAGAAUGAAUGGCUCCUCCGUCCUGGGACAGUAAAUGCAUGGCAUAAUUUGGGUACAACAUCCAUUGAAAUACCAUUGGGAAUAAUGAGUGACCCUUUCUUCGAAAACUAUUAUAUACCCGGAAUGAAUUUUGGCGGCAUUGGAUUUUUGAUUGGACAUGAAUACGCUCAUGGGUUUGAUGUUCAAGGAAUGAAAUUUAACUGGAAGGGUCUAGUUCGCAGAAAUUGGUCCGAUAAAUCUGCGUUAAGGUUUGGAGACAAAGUUGACUGUUAUGUACGUCAAUACUCGCAAUAUCAUAUACCAGAAGCAGAUUUAUAUAUUACAAACGGAAAUAAAACAUUAAAUGAAAAUUUGUGUGACAAUUUAGGUGUAAGAGCAGCAUUUUAUGCAUAUAAAAAGUUUAAGUAUGAUAGAAACAUAGGUGAGAGAGUGCCAGGACUACCGUUUACAGACGACCAACUGUUUUUUAUAAAUAUGGCAAGAAUAUGGUGUUCAAACUCAUCACCUUUAUUUAUCAGAAAAGUGCCUUUACUAGAUAAUCACACUCUCCCUAGGUUAAGAGUGAUUGGUCCACUCCAAAACAGCCCAGAAUUCGCAUCAACAUUUCAGUGUCCAAGAGGUUCGUUUAUGAAUCCAAUAAACAAAUGUGGGUUUUGGUAG